UUCUCAUCUGCAAAAUACUUUUUUGACCACUCUGUGCUAUUAAUUUCCUUUCAGUGGAGAUGAGUACUCUGUAGGACUGCUGGAUCACUAUGGUUAUGAAGAUGUUCCUGGUGAAAAUGGACUCUCUCAGGUCUUUGUGAACACAGUCAAUGACUUCAUGCAAUACUACUACAACCAGCAGAUGUUUGUGAAAGAACUGGGGGACUUGGAAAGUGAGGGAAUCACGGUGCCAGGUCAAAUAGCAUACAAGGACAUCAGGUCAAUUGUGGACUUUGUUCUGCAUGGUUCCCAUGGGUUGUUGAAAGCAAUUGAUACCAGGACCAUCACAAAUAGGGCUGGAAGCAUUCUGGAUGAUCUUGCUGAGAUGACGUCAACCUGCGCAGAAGGAAUAAUGACUGUGCAAAGUGCCAAAUCCAGUUUCCAGCUCCUUCACGCCAACAAGCCCGUCACCUAUUCAAAUUGCACGCGUUUCCAAAAGGAAAAUUCCGCGUUUCUCGCAGAUCAAAUCGCCACAGUCAUCACUUCGUCGCGCAGCAAAUUAGUCCGGGCCUUAUUCGCCGCCAAAAUUCGCCUCACGGGGGGUCUAGUCGUCACCGAACCCUGCAGCUUUUUAUCCGGUGCCAAUACUCCGAUGGCGAGUUUCACUGCGCCAAUUUUGGAGGUUGAAGGUUGCACCUUGCCAUCGAAAAGCAAGAACAUGCCAACAUGUAGUAGGAAGGGUUUUUCGCAAACGAAGCGCCAAUUGACACGGUCAACAAUGUGCAGGGCGGCUUUGAUGAGUCUCAUGCAGAAAAUGGUCGUCUGCUCUCCUCAUUUUGUGCGCUGUAUCAGACCCAGUGAUCACGCAGGAGAAGUUCCUUUGGAACUGAAUUUAGACGUCGUUUCGAGGCAGUUGAAACACUUGGGCGUCAUGGAAACGCUGAAAUUGCGGAAGGUUGGAUAUUCAAGUCGGAUUCCGUUCUACGAAUUUCUACGUCGGUACAAGUUCCUGGUCUUCGAUUUCGAAGAAACUGUCGACGAGAACGAGGAGAACUGUCGACUGCUCUUCCUCAGACUGCGUAUCGACGAUGGAUGGUCUUUGGGACGAACGAAAGUUUGUCUGAAAUAUUACCUGGAAGAAUACUUGUCCAGACUUUACGAAAAGGAAGUGAGGAAAAUUAUCAAGAUCCAAGCCAUGGUUCGCAGAUAUUUGGCAAGGCUGAAGGAGAAGAAGCUCAUCGAUGACAGGAAGCGAAAGAAGCGUCAAAGAACCAAACAUUACAAGUUUGGUGAAGGAGUGACUGAAGAUGAGGCUGCUGUGAAACUUCAAAAGGCAUUCAGGGGUUUCAAGGUUCGCAAGGACCUCAAGAAAAACAACGACGAUGAUAAUAAGAGGACGUUGGUGUCUUCGCCGGGGGGCAUGAGAAUCGACAUUGCGCAUUAUUGGCGUAAAUGGAGAUCCCGAACCAUCUUCCAACAACUUCAGCGCUACAGAUCUGCGAACGUGGAACAGCUGAUAUAUUUCUCUCAACAGGUUCAUCUCUACGGACAAGACGUAAACAGUGUCAUUAGGCGAUGGAAUGACUCCGUUGACCUGGGGAGAGUGGAAGAGAAGAACCUGCUGAAACCCAGUUCCGUUUUAAGGUCAAUAUCCCCGAGACCUCUUCACAAGGUGCCUUUGCGCCUUGCCGACGUCAUGUACAUCGACACGUCUCAUUUACGGGAUCCCUUUGGGUCUCGAGGACUCAGGACGCCGACGUCACCAGUUCGAACCCCGUCGCCAGCAUUUCCGGAAGUGGAUGGGGAUGACUGGGAUGCUCCUUUGCGGGAUGUGAUGAGUUUACUUCCGUCGGAAAUAUCCACCCUUCAAACUAUUGAACAUGUCAAAGACUGGAAAGACGUGAUGAUGAUGAAGUCGCCGUCCUACAAUAAUGGGCACAGCAGCAGGAUGAACUCAGUGAGCCCCAUGAAUGCCGGCUCUUCGCCUCGGGGCAUGCUCAGUCCGGCGGCGCUGAAUCGGUCGCCGGGCUUUGCAGCGUCGCCUACGCGUCUGACGGCGUCCCCGACAGUGUCGCCCAAGCCCGGGACGCCCACGUCAGCGCCGCCACAGGCACCGGCGCCGCCGGUCAUCCGGAGAAUGUCGCCCAUGAGUAACGAGGCGAAACCCGCUGCGUGGCGGAACUCGAACCCAGUAGCAGCGGCUUCAGCAGUAGGGCCCAUUUUGUCGCCACGAGUGGCCAUCCCGGGCCCAGAGUGCUUGAGUGACAUGAGAAAUCGGCUGCGAAAAACGGAUACUGGGAAGGCCUUGUGUUUGGAUUCGGACACGCAUCAGGCAUCAGCAUCAGAGGCAUCCCGGAACGCGGUUUACAAACGCCCCAAAACGUUGCCAGUCACUCCAUGCAAUUCCCAGCAAAUUGAUGACCCGGAAACUCCGCCCUUCAAUUUCCAA